UCCUUUUAGUUUUAUGGGCUCUAUAAAUCUCCCACCAAAGUUUUGAUUCCUUGCCUCCUUGCUAAGAAGAAAGAGGCAACUCUCUAUCUCUCUCUCUCUCUCUCUCUCUCACACACACAUACAAACUGUAUUCAUAAGGAUCUUGACUCCUUGAGUCCCUUAAGGCUCUUGAGAGUUUUAGUCUGUGUGUUAUUCAUAAAAAUCUUAACCCUUGAGGACCCUUUUAAGGUUCUUCUCAAGUUUUAGCCACAGCUAGCUUCCAAGUUUUGCUAUUGAAGAUGAGGGCAAUGUUUCAUCUUCUUACUGCUUUUCUUCUCUUAUCAACCCUUUUAGCACCUGCAAAUGCAAACUUAGAAGGGGAUGCUCUGUACGCGUUGAGGAGAUCUGUGAAGGAUCCAAAUGGUGUUUUAGAGAGCUGGGAUCCAACUUUGGUUGAUCCCUGCACUUGGUUCCACGUUACUUGCGACAGUGAUAAUCGAGUUACCCGACUUGACCUAGGUAAUGCAAAGCUGUCAGGCAGUCUGGUUCCCGAGCUGGGGAAUCUCGAGCGUCUUCAAUAUCUGGAACUGUACAUGAAUAAUUUGACUGGUCCCAUACCAAAGGAACUUGGAGGAUUGAGAAGCCUCGUUAGCUUGGAUCUUUACCACAAUAUCCUAACUGGGUCCAUCCCAGCCUCUCUCUCUAAGCUUUCUAAUCUCAAAUUCCUGCGAUUGAAUAGCAAUAACCUGACUGGAAAAAUACCAAGGGAACUUACCAAACUUGGAAGCCUCAAGAUCUUUGACGUGUCAAACAACGAUUUGUGUGGAACAUUUCCAACCUCUGGAUCCUUUUCUAAGUUCUCUGAGGAAAGUUUCAUGAAUAAUCCAAGACUUGAAGGACCAGAACUGAUGGGAUUUGUGAGAUAUGAUGUAGGAGGAAGCUGCUAAUGAUGUACCAAUUAAUAGGCGAUAAUGUGUUGCCAUUCCACCUGUCUAAUUUCUCUUUAUAUGGGACGAGUUUUAUGUUUAACUAAUAUAAUUAUUACCUAGCAUAAUUACUAAUCACCAAGAAAAAGCCUACUUAUAUUUAGUGCAGAGAUUUUCCAUCUCCAUGUUUUCUUUAAAAUUUCAACUUUCGACCACCUAUUUUUCCAUUUUGAUGAUGUAAAUCUAUGUAUGUUCUGCUCCUUUCUUGGAGCUAUCAAGGUGGUUUGGUUUUGUGGAAGCACGUUGUAUUGUACCGUUUAUAUACAUAUAUAGAAAUCAAUGAAGUAUGAACUUUUGGUUC